AUGUCACAAAAUAAAUAUUUAAGACUUGAAGAAAACUAUUCGACCGAAGAAGAUGGAUUUGAACUAUCAGAAAUAUCUAAUAAAUCUUCGGAUAACCUUGAUUAUGGUUUGAGAAAUCGAACUAGUACUGGUGAUCUUGAGGACAAUGAAUAUCUGUUGGAUGAUCGUAAAAGAUCAAUAGAUACGGAAAAUUUAGAGAAUUCACCUAUACCUAUGGUGGCUGCGGCAGUCAGUGUAAAAGACGAUCCAUCUCUACCUUGUACUACAUUUCGAUUUUGGAUAUUAAGCACUGUAUUUACAUCACUUGGCGCUGCUGUCUCUGAAUUUUAUUAUUUUCGUUCAAACGGUGGUGGUUAUUCAAUAUUCUUUGUGUUACUUGUUUCUUAUAUUGUUGGAAGAUGGAUGGCUAGUGUUCUUCCAGUAGACGAAUUCAAAUUUUAUAAAUGGAAAUUUACUUUAAAUCCUGGUCCAUUUAAUGUUAAGGAACACGUUCUUAUCGCUGUGGCAGCUGGGGCUGGUGGUGGCUCAGCAUAUGGCACAGACAUUAUUGCAAUACAGGAUUUAUUUUAUAAUCAACACCCAGGUUUCUUAAUGGGAAUAUUGCUUUUAUUGAGUACUCAGAUGAUUGGAUAUGGAUUGGCUGGAUUUUUAAGAAAAUACCUUGUACGACCUGCUAAUAUGUUGUGGCCUUCUAAUUUGGUGUUUUCCAGUUUAUUCUCAACUCUUCAUGGAGAUGUGUCCGAUACACAAGACAAAUUAAAAUUUUUUACCAUAACAUUUACGUUAAUGUUCGUGUGGCAAUUUGUCCCACAGUUUAUGUUUCCAAUGCUGACAAGCAUAGCAUUAUUAUGUUUGAUUAAACCAUUUAAUAAUGAUAUAGUCCGGCUUGGGAGUGGUUACCAGGGUCUUGGUAUUUUAAAUUUUUCUUUAGAUUGGAAUGCUAUAGGGCAACCUGGACCACUGUACACACCUUGGUGGGCGCAGCUCCAAUUUUGUAUUACAAUGAUUUUUGAUUUUAACACUGGUGCUUUGAACGAAACUGCCUAUAAAGAGUACGGUCCUGUGUAUCUAAGUGUUACAUUUGCAGUUGGGUAUUUUUAUUCUUUUAUAGCCUUUACUGCCGCAAUUACGCAUGUGAUUCUCUUUUACGGCGAUGAAAUUUGGGAUAGAUUCAAAGCAAGUCGAUCAGAAGAAGUUGAGGAUAUUCAUUGUAAAAUGAUGAGAAAUUAUGAAGAAAUUCCAAAUUGGUGGUAUGCUUGUAUAUUUGUAUUCAUGUUGUUGACCGCAAUAAUUCUUUGCGACGUAUCCGGGUCUCGUCUGCCGUGGUGGGGUUUAAUAAUCGCUGUUGGCAUAGCGUGCAUUAUGGUAUUACCAAUAGGAAUUAUUCAAGCUGUGUCAAAUAAUCAAGUCGGUCUUAACGUCAUCACAGAAAUGAUUUGCGGAUAUAUUUUUCCGGGACUUCCUAUUGCAAAUGUAUAUUUUAAAUGUUAUGGCUAUAUGGCUAUGUAUCAAUGCCUAUCAUUCGUAUCAGACCUUAAGCUUGGACACUAUAUGAAAAUCCCACCUAAAGCAAUGUUUACAGCACAAUUGUGGGGUACAAUUGUUGGUGCAUUCAUUAACUAUUGGAUUUUACAAUUGAUAAUAUACGCCAAACGUCCUUUUUUAGACGGUACAAUGAGAGAUCCAACUGGUCAAUGGACAGGAUAUCGAUCACAAGUAUUCAAUACAGCAUCGAUAGUAUGGGGAUUAAUUGGACCGGGAAGAACCUUUGGUGAUGGUUCUAUAUAUCAUCCUUUACUUUGGGGAUUUCUCAUAGGAUUUCUUGCACCUAUUCCAUUUUAUCUUUUGCAUAAAAAAUUUCCAAAUGCCAAAUUUAAUUUAGUAACCAUUCCAUUAAUUUGUAAUGGAUUAUCUAUUCUUCCUGGGACAUAUACCAAUUUCAUAAUAACAGGGUUGAUUGCAAGCUUCCUGAGUCAACAUUUGGCGUAUCACCGGUAUCCAAAGAUAUCUUUUCCGGAAUGGUGGGGAAAUAAUUUAGAGACUCAGGGUGAAAGAUGUUUUAAAUCACAAACACCUUAG